GAGGAAGGUGAGAUGAGCAUGUUCAUGGUCCUCCUGGUCUCUGGGGUGGGGUGUCACAGGCGCUAAUCAGGGAGGAGCCACUGGACUGCAUCUCUAGCUCCAUUAGGCAGAAGGCAAUGAACGUCAUCUCUGACCUCAGCAAGCUUGAGCCAGUCUUGGAGUCGGACAGUAUAGCAGAGGUCCUUCUCACAUGCUGCGACAGUGUGCUCUGCCUUCCCCCCUCGGAGGGCCUGCAGGAGGCGGCCUCGGAUCCCACCGAGGAACUGCUCAGGAGGAGCCUGCAAUCUCUCCAGAGGCUCAUGGUAGCACUCGUCACUGAGAGGCCCACUCAGAUCCAGUCCUGCUUGGAGCUCCUCGAGACCUGGCUAAAUUCUCAGAAGGACCAUGAGCGGGAACGGGCCAUGUCAUGUGCUUCUUACGUUCUCAGCUUUACUUUAAAAAUGAAUAACUUCAAAGGGGAAAUUCAGUUCACCCGACUAGGGCACCUGGUGAGGAUGCUGGCCAUACACUGCCAGGACCCCGUGGACAGCAUCUGCAUCUUGUCUGCCGAAGCCGUCUACAGCCUCUACUGUGUCCUCCUGCUGCAGAAGAAGAUGUCAAGGAAAUCAGAAAAGCACUUGGAAGAAGAGGCCAAGAGGGAAGCCUACAGUGCCAACACCUUCUAUAAAAACACCUUUCAAAUUGGCAGGGCAUUUGGAGGGUGCUUGACCCAAUCCCAGCUCUACGACUUGGUGCUGGAGGCCAUGGAGGGCCUGAGCAACAGCAAGGCCAAGUUGUCUCUGGCUGCUGCCCAGCUGAUGAGUGCUGUCAUCAAAGAGCGGGGCAGAAAUUUGAUAAAGGUGGAGGAAAUAGCGGAGGGAAUCCUCCAGUGGCUCAGCAGGAGUCUGAAGCCCCGCACGAAGGAGGAGACCCUGCAGGCCAUGUGCUCCCUGGCAGGAAGCAACACCUGCUCUGUCAUCCCCAUGCUGCUCAGCAAGCCCCUGCCCUGGGACAGCACGACUCUGGCCGUGUGGAAGGCAUUUGGCCCCCAGCGAGACACAGCUCUCAAUGUCCUGCAGCUGCUCACUGACUUCCUGGAAAUGAGCCACUACAGAGAAGACACAGGGGAGAUGGACGCCCAGCCUGUGGUGGUGACAUGUGCCUUGCGUGAGAUGCUGUCAGGACCCCUGUGCCAGGAGGCCGUCCAGGAAUUCUUCCCACAGCUGUUGUUGGCUGUGCUGAGUCAUCUCUACGGUGUGACUAAGCAAAAUGUUCCCUGGAAGAUGGAGGGGGGCCCAAGCAGCCAGAGCUGGUCCCUUGACCCCACUAAGUGUGCCCUGGAGGUAGCGAAGUUGCUGCUCCUGGCAGCUGCACAUGAGGAAGUGUUGAUCCAUGCAAAUGAGCAUCACUGCUGGGACCUGCUGUCCGGUUCUGCGUCUUUCUACGUAGGGGCCAUGGACCUGGCAAGGGCAAUUGUGAGAGUAUGUGAACCUUCCCUUCUCCACCGAUUCCUGAGCCAUGUUCACAAGUUGCUCUACAGUGUGGACGAGGGUAGGAAGAUCCUGGGCAUGGCCUUCUAUGUGCAGCUGCUCUGGCACCCGACCGUGGCACACACCCUGGGACAAGUGUCACUGUCCACUCUAACCCACUGGCUCAAAGACCCCAGCAUCAUUAUGCAAGAAAUCAGCCUGCAGGGAAUCAGUAACCUGGCACUGCACCCAGAAAAUUCAAAGGCUCUCAAGAGGCUGGUUCCAUUCCUACGAGGCUUCCUGGAUGGUGAGGUGCGGGUGACGGUGCAGGCUGUGAGGAGCCUGCAGAACAUCAUCCACCACGGAAAGAACAAGGACAUCCAGGGAAUGUUCUGCAGCAUCUGCCAGCAACUGCGUCCCCUCAUCAAUGACGAGAGGGAGCCAGUGAGGAUUGCAGCCAUCUCUGCUCUGGGCUACAUGCUGAGACGGGACAAGAAAUAUAAGGCCAGAGCCACCAUGAAAAGGGAACUGUGUAAAUUUCUGCUCCCUUUGCUGCUGAACGUGCAGCAGGAAAACAGCAAAGUGGUCAAGGUCUGUGGAGAGGCCCUCAGUGAGUGGGCAAAGGUGAUUGGCUGGGUGCCCCUGACCGGCACCUUCCAACACAUCACCCUCAGCAACCACCUGCAGGUGAUACAGGAUACAUGCGCGUACCUGGUACGCAGAGGCAAACAGCAGCUCAUGGGGGACUUACUGUCCCAGAGCUUGGAGAUCUUGGGAAACCCGCAGACCUCCCUCAAGGCAGCUGCCCUCACCGUCAUAGGCUGCACCGUUAAGCACAUAAACACGAACAACAUGCAUGAGGAGGACGUGCAGGUGAUGAGGAGCGCUUUGGAAAGACUAGAAAGGGACGAGGACCACCAGGUCAGGUCAUUGGCCCAAGAAGUUCUGGCAGAAGUCAGCGAUCCAGCCUCCCAGUUGCCCACUUCCAGGAGGACCAUCAUGGGCAUAAAAGUCCCGGGGAGGAAAGUGCACCUCGUCAAAGGCAAGCGUGGGCAAAAGAACUGUUGGCAACACCUUCAAGAAUCUUUUCGCAGGUGGCACCAAGGAAGAUUAUGAACGUGCCACCUGACAGGCAACAUAUCGAAAUGAGACUCAAGAAGAUCAUCUCGAAGUCCACCUGAGGCCAGGCACGGUGUCAUAUGCCCGGAGCCCCACUCCUCAGGAGGCUGAGGUGGGAGGAUCCCUGGAGGCGGGAGUUCGAGCUGCAGUGAACAACGACGGCAGCCAACCCACCAGAAACCUUCUGCAUCUCCUAAGAUCAAAUGUGCCUGCUCAGUCUCUAUCCAAAUUAGCCCAUUUCCUUGGACAAAGGUCGUCUCCCCGACAUCUGAACAAACGAAAGAAAAAGGCUGUAGUGACCACCCGUGAAUAGUCAAUGACUCAUAAAUGGGUACGAAUCAGAACUAACCUCUUAGGUGGCCUUUGAUCCUUCUUACCUGUAUAAGAGACAGAGUUUCUCUCUAUCAGCCGUGCUGGAGUAUGGUGGGGUGCUAACAUGGCUUGGUGCAACCUGGGACCUCUGCAGUCAAGUGAUCCUCCCACCUCAGCCUCCUGAGUAGCUGGGGCUCCAGGUACCUGCCACCACACCCACCUAAGAUACUUUUUCAUCUUAUAUUUAAGAGUGCAGGCUUCAGCAUUUUCCCAGGCUGGUUUCUAACACCUGGUCCCAAGCAGUCUUCCUACCUCAGCCACCUGAAUAACUGAAACUCAUGCCACUACAUCCACCUCAUUUUUCAAAAAUUUUGUUAUUAAAUCAUAACUUUAGAUUUAUGGGUACAAUGUGAUUAUUUGAUAUAUAAUGUGCAAUGCUUAAAUCAAACUCAUUAACAUAACCAUCACUUCACUCACUUCUCUUUUGUGGUAAGACAUUUGUAAUUUACUCUUAGUGAAUUCUGAAACAUACCUGUGGCCGGGCGUGGUGGCUCACGCCUGUAAUCCUAGCACUCUGGGAGGCCGAGGCGGGUGGAUUACCUGAGCUCAC